AGAAAAACAUCUCUUAAAAAGCUCUCAGCAAGGAUACACAAGUUUAUGACCGACCCGACCUUGAAGGAAAAGACAAACGUUUUUAAAAACAGCAAGGCUUUCAAAAGAUAUCUCCAGCUGUCUUCUUGUCCUCAAAAGGAAGUAAUCUCUUUUCCAACAUGAAGUAUCUGGUCCUGGGGCUGUUCUCACUGACUCUGCUGGGAUUCAUCCAGAGAUCAAAUGGCCAGUCUACCCCAUCAAUGCCAUCCAACAGCACCACUGACAAUGACAACACCACCAACAGCAACAACAACAACAACACCACCAACAACAGCAACAGCAACAACAACAACAACAACAACAACAACAACAACAACAACAACAUACCGACUAAACCCAUGACCAUGGUUGCCAAGACAACAAAGAACGGACAGAACCACAUCUUCACGUCUGUCAGUCUGAUAGUCGCAUCAUUUCUUCUUCACACUCUUUGGCAAUGAGCUCCUUCGUGACUCUUAAUAGUGCUGUUGAAAAAUCAUUGCAAAUCUGAUUAUUUUAGAAUAUUUGCUGUAGAGAAAAUAUGAUUUCAGUUGUGUGUGUUCAACAAGGUGGUGGAAUAUGAGAUUAGGAAAUGAUUAGCGAGUCUAUGUGACAUAGCCAGCUUGUUAAUUAACUGACAAAUACACUUUCCACAGACUGUGGUUUAGAUUGUGCACUGAUAUGUAUUACUGACAAGUAACAUGUAAUGUAUGUGAUAGAAAUGACAGAUAGUUAUGAAUGUUUAUUUGUUAAGAUGAUUGUGGCUUGAUCUGCAUUUGAGUGUGGCGUAUCCUUAAUCACAUUCACACUUUAUUAUAUACAGUGGCAUAUUAAAAUAUCUUAAUCCAACAUUGGUUGGUAAAUUGCCCUUAAGUUCAUGAUAGAAGCAACGCAGUUUGAAUCAACAUCGCAGGUGCAGUGAAAAAGAUGGAUCAGCAAGUCAUUCAUUCAUUCAGUCAAGUGUGAUUCAUGUUUUUGUGCUACUGUUCUACUCCUGGGGGAGGCUCCAGAUGGUUUGAUGAACUACAUGUUAUCAUAUGAAAUGCAUGUCUGCUGCAAAAAUGUAAAAGAAAUAUGAUUUAUAUACUAUAGAUAGUUAGAAAACAUAAAUAAAAGAGAAUGACUGAUAAAAAAACAACUCACUUGGACACUGUCUCCCUCUGCAGGCUCAAAGGUUUUUGUCCAACAUGGAAAGGUGUGGCUUUCGCAAAUACUCUCACACGUUGUAAAGACAUGGAGAGAUGAUACCAGGAAAAGUCUGUAAAGAAAUACUUCAGCAGUAAAGAAAAAGUUGGGCUGGUAAUGAGCUUUAGAAAAGUAACCAUGGGAUUUUCUGGAACAUCAGUAAAGCGUUUCAGGGAAAAUCAAUACAAGAUCAAAUCAAAUAAGAAUGUACUUUAUUGCAUCAGAGGGGAUUUUUUUUGGGGAAAGUAUUUUAAGCUGCCUUGAACAUAAAACAAUGUGUAGCCAAAGUAUUAAAUAGGCAUUCAAAUAUGAAUGAUGAAAUGAUGAAAGCUGAAACUAAAACAUGAUUAAAUA